CCAAGCGCGCGGCCUGCUUUAUAGGGGCGCGACGGCGGCGGCAGGUCCUAGGGAUAGAGGCUGCAGCAUGGCACGGCUGCUGCCGCUGCUGCUGGGGCUGCUCCCUCUCCCGGUGUUCCUGCUCCCGCCGCCGCUGCUCUCGCCGCCUCUGCCAGGGAACGCGUCCGUGCCCGCCUGCCCCCCGGGCCGGUUCCGGUGCGAGUCCGGCGCCGCCUGCUUCCCCUGGGAGUGGCGCUGCGAUGGGCACCCUGACUGCGAGGACGAAGAGGACGAGCGGGGCUGCGGGACGGCGACCCCGGCGGAGCCGAGUCCUGACGGCGCUUGGCCGCGGAUCUCGGCGAUGCCGCCCACCGGCAGCGCAGAGGCUUCAGCUACGCCUGUGCCUGGGGACUCUGUGCCAUCGAGGAGUCAAGGCCGCAUGUCGAUCCUGAUUAUUGCAGUGCUCCUGAGCAUCCUGGUAGCUGUGGGUUCUGUUGCUGUGUGGGGCCUGUCUGAGGCAAAAAGCAGAUCUGACAUCUUCAGUUUUGAAAAAGCGUCCAGGGAACAACUGAUGCCUGACAAGAGCCAAACAGGCUCAUUUCCCUGAAGGGGAUCUUUACCAUAAGGUGAUAAGAUGGGACUAGGCUGGUCUCCCUCCUGCUCACCACAGAUGCUGAAUUGGACAUAAGCUCUCAGAUCUGCGUUGUUACACUGGAAUAACAAGAGGACGCUCCCCUUGGAAACGGGUCUUAGAUUGUGGGACUACGUUGGCACUGGAAAUAGCACAGGACCUUCCCUGGUGUUGUGAAGUUGCCCCUCACAAAGGUGGUAGAAAUUUCAUCAUUGUUCUCACCUCCAGGGUGGACUAGGUGCUGUUCAACUGUUUUCUUCCACUUCUAGCCAAGAGACGUUUUUUCACCUGCCCCAUUCUUCCCCCUGGAUUUUGUCAGGGAAUAGGGGCUUUCUCAUCCAUUUCAGUAGGAGCUCACUGACUCCACACAGACCAGACGUAUCAGACUCCAUGUUUGCACUAGUGUUUUGGUGCUGCUCAAUCUGAUGUACAGCAAGCUUUUACGGACAGGGCAACCGCAGUUGAAAAGCUUCCUGCGUGCUCUGGCUUUGAGCUGCCACCCUAAGUCAGCCUCUCACACACUCCCUUCCCGCAAGGAUCUCUGUACUUUCCACCCCAGUGCUGAACUCUGGGUGUUGCUUCUCUAACACUGUUAAAAGUGUUUUCCUUAAAACUGUUGUGACACGAGUGGUGUCCCUCACGGGUCCAUACUGGGACCAAUGCUAUUUAAUAUCUUCAUCAGUGGUGUGUGUAGUGGGAUCGAGUGCACCCUCAGCGAGUUUGUGGAUGGCACCAAGUUGAGUGGUGCAGUCAAUUCCCUUGAGGAAGGGGAUGCCAUCCAGAGGGAGGAGGGGGCCCAUGUGAACCUCAUGAAGUUCAAUAAGGUCAAGUGCACCUGGGCUGAGGCAAUCCCUGGAGAAGAGAAGGCUCUGGGGAGACCUUAUUGUGCCUUUUCAAUAUGUAAAGGGGGCUUGUAAGACAGAUGGGGAGAAGCUUUUUACCAAGGCCUGUAGUGACAGGACAAGGGGCAACGGUUAUAAACUGAAGGAUGGGAGAUUUAGAUGAGAUAUUAGGGAGAAAUUCUUCCUUGUGAGGGCGGUGAGGCCCUGGCACAGGUUGCCCAGAGAAGCUGUGGCUGCCCCUGGCUCCCUGGCAGGGUUCAAGGCCAGGUUGGAUGGGGCUUUGGGCAACCUGGGCUACUGGAGGGUGUCCCUGCCCAUGGCAGGGGUGGCACUGGGUGGGCUGUGAGGUCCCUUCCAACCCAAACCAGUCUGGGAUUCCGUGAGGUCUUGAGUGUUUGGUGCUAUUUUGUUGUUGGGUUUGUUUUGGUUUUGUGUUUGGGUUUUUUUGUUUUGUUUUCUUUUGCCAUCUGUCUGUUGUGGCAUGUGUAGCUCUUUCCAAACAACUCAGUGCUGCGCGCUUUCAGAACUGGCAGUGGGAGGAGGAGAUUACUGACCAGUGCCUCUAGCUCAGUGUAGAGCACAUACUCCUUGCACAAGUGCUCACUGGGUGCACAAAUGAUAGAAAGCUGCUGCCUUGGCUGCUGGUCUCUGUGCCUUAAAGGUGAGCACUUGGCUUGCCAAGCGGGCAGCCUGAGAGUAGGACUCUUCUACUCCUGGAUAGUGUGUGUGUGCUGCCGUACCCCACCGGAGAAAUUUCUAUAUGUGGUACGGAGUACUGGGUCAUUCCAGUGCCACUAUUUUUAGUACUAAGAGGUCAUUUGCAAGGGUGCACACAACCUUGCUUCUGUUUCCAAGGGGACAAGUGGAGAUAGUUGUUGGUGAAUGACACAGGAGAAUAAAGAACUUGAAACUAA